AUGGACGUGCCAGCUCGAUUCAAUCUACCCGCACUGUCUCUACGAGCUAUUCGAGCAGUCCUGCUACACUUUGAUAUCCCAGAUCUACUCAGUUGCUCACAGACCAGCCUGCGAUUCUGUAACAUUGCGAGAUCAUUGAAGUACAAAACGACUAGUUUGGAAGUCUUCACCGACAGAAAGAAAACAUAUUUGAAGUUGAAGAAUGGAGAUGAAGACGGCGGGAUGAUGUAUUUCAAAAAGGAUUUUGAUAAAAAUGUUGUGACGGUCUCAUUGGAUGAAGAUCAGGAGAGGGUUUUUUACAACGAAUACAACACCGAACUCUACUCUUCACUCACCGCUGCAAUCAUCUAUGUGACCGAUGUCUUGAGAAUCACAGUAUCAAAAAUCUCUAUUUGGCCUGUAGGUAUGUCUCUCACCACGCUCCACAAUUUGGCAAAACUGAGAAUCGAAAAGUGUGAAGAGCUGGAGAUCAAAGUCGCGGCCUCAACGAAAUCAGUAUACUUCCCAAAUCGAGUAUUGGUUAAAGUUAUCAGAAAUAUCUGUGGUACGGAACGUUUUCACCUUGGCAUGCCGAUGAAAGAGAAGUUUAAAUGUGAUCCGAGUUACUUCAAAUGUCACCACUUAACAAUUGAUCGCCCGACACCAUGGUUGACUGGAAAGAUUCUAUUCAAAAUGAGAUGCGCCCAGAUGGAAAUCACACAAAGCAAUUUGAAAGUGAAGGAUCUUCUGGAUUUUGUUAAGAAAUGGAUGAAGAGUGAUUCGAGUGAACACAGAGAAUUCGAAUAUUUGGAUAUAACUCUUGAAAAAGAGAUCAAAGAUUUCCCUUUCCCGGAUACCUUUCAAGCAAAGAAAUGGAAUAAGAAGUUGAGAGGCCAACAUUAUUUAGCUGGAACCGAGGUGAUCGACUGCGAACACGGAGGUGACGUCGUUCACAAAGAUGGGAGAAUCAUGGCAACAGUUUGUAUUCAAAACGAGCGGAAAAGAUUCUUCUUUGGAGUUUGGCACAAUCCUUUCCCAGUGAUUCCUCAGGAGAACGUCCCUGAGAUUGUUUCAGCCGAAAAUCAAUAA